UCUAACCCGGCCACUCGUUCUGCCUACUGUACCCGUGGCUACACAGUAACGCCAGACUCCUAGCUAGUAGCGCGUGGUCACUCUUACGCAAUAACCCGGAUACUGCUACUACGAAACAGUACGUACGGUACAGUCGCAGUAGCAUUCCACUCAUGGAUGCAAGGAAAAGUACGUUCGUCAACGUCUAAAUUAAAUUUUAUUGUUUUUCACUGAAUGGCUAUUUUCUACACAGCCUACUAUCGCUUUGUCAUUCUCUUCUUCACCUGUCUGCUAACGUUUGGCUCCUAUUUCUGCUUCGACAUGCCGAGUGUUUUGCAAAAGCAGUUGGAGAGGGCAGAAAGUGAUGGUGGCUUAGGUCUUAGUGGAACACAGUAUAAUCUUCUUUAUGCUAUCUAUGCUUGGACAAAUGCUGUGAUGGUUCUUCUUGCCGGAUUUAUGAUUGACAAAUUAGGAAACAGAUUUGGUCUCUUUUUGUUCUCAUUCAUGUGUGUUCUUGGGUCAUCCGUAUUUUCUCUUGGAGCAACGUUCAAUCUAUUUCCUAUUAUGCUAUUGGGAAGACUCAUAUUUGGAACAGGCAAUGGGUCUCUGACAGUGGUUCAAAAUAGGGUGUCUACGUUCUGGUUUAAGGGAAAAGAGUUAGCACUGGCAUUCGGAUUUACGCUUUCCUUUUCUCGUUUGGGUAGUGUGCUGAAUUUCCUUCUCACAGACAGGUAUGCCCAGAGCUUGUGGCCAGAUAAUCCUAAGGAGCAAGUGGUAAAUGCACUGUGGACAGGUUCUUUACUUUGUGGAUUGGGCUUUGUCUCAGCUGCAGUUACUGCCAGUCUUGAUGAACGUGGAAUGGAACAGCUAGGGAGGACAGAGAGUACAGCAGCUAAUGCAAGGCGAGUUAAUGUCCGUGACAUCUUUAAGUUCUCAUUGCUGUAUUGGCUGGUGGCGCUUGCCAUUAUGUUUUUCUACAAUGGAAUUUUUGCCUUCAUUGCUGAUGCUUCUCUCUUUAUCCAGGACAAAUAUGGUUUCAGUGCUGAUACAUCAUCUAUAAUUGCUGGUGGAGUUUAUGAUGUUUCACUGGUGCUUGCCCCAUUCUGUGGCUUGCUAGUGGACUGUGCUGGUCGCCGUGGUGUGUUGAUAUUGCUCUGCUUGCUGCUGACUGUACCUGUAUUUGCCCUCUUGGCUUUCACAUGUGUCUAUCCCCUUAUUCCAAUUCUGUGGUUAGGCAUGACAUACUCAAUCGGAGCAUCAUCAUUAUGGCCAUCAAUUCCUCUCAUUGUUCCUCUUCAACUUGUUGGAACAGCAAUGGGAGUUGCCACAACAGUUCAGAUGGUUGGUAUUGGUAUUUGUAAUAUCGUUGUUGGGAAACUGGAGGAUCUAAACCGUAGCCACCAACCUGAUAGUACACCAGCAUUUGACUGGUUGUCAAAUACAACAUCAAAUUAUGGUGAAUGUUCUGACAAGAAGCCUAGCACUACCUUCCUAACUGACACACUUACUAAAGCAGAGGCUCCGGUACCAGACAGAAACUGGACGUACAUCAUGAUCUUUCUCUUUGGAAACAUCAUAGUGGGUGUUGUUGUUGCCAUCUUUCUCAACAUCAGAGAUGCACAAACUGGUUUUGUACUAAAUAGAUCAAGAGCAGGAAGGCAGGCUCCAGAAACGAGUGAUUCAGGGAGAGCUGAAGAUGUAGACUCAAGCGAAGAAAGUGAUGAUGAUGAAACAGCCAAGCUGCUUCCUAACAUUCCAUUUGACGGCAGAGACACACAGCCCAUAAACUGAAGUG